AUGCGCUUCCACAAAUCUCCCGAUGGCACGGUGCAGUCUUUCUCUGUAUCGUUUGUGUUUGCCAUCCUCUCCACCGACCCUGACUUGAGUGGUCAUGGCCUUGCCUUCUUCAUUGCACCAACCAGGAAUUUCUCAGCUGCAUUCCCAACCCAGUACUUGGGCCUCUUCAGUGACCAGAAUAAUGGUGACCCAAACAACCACAUUUUUGCGGUUGAGCUUGACACUAUCCAAAAUUAUGACUUAGAAGACAUCAACAGCAACCACAUCGGCAUCAACAUCAACAAUCUUCACUCUGUGCAAUCUCAUGAUGCUGGCUAUUACAGUAAUCAGAGUGGCAUCUUUGAGAGGUUGGCACUCAAUAGCCACGAGGCGAUGCAAGUGUGGGUGAACUAUGAUAGAGAGGCCAUACAGAUCAAUGUGACCAUGGCCCCCAUCAAUCUGGCAAAAUCUGAGAGGCCACUGCUUUCCACCACUUUUAAUCUCUCGACAGUAAUCACUAGUCCAGCAUAUAUUGGCUUCUCAUCCUCUACAGGCACAGUCAGCGCGCAGCACUAUGUGCUUGGUUGGAGCUUUGGCAUGGACAGCCUCGCUCCACCCAUCGACAUUUCCAAACUCUCUGAGCUGCCCCGUCUUGGUCAGAAGGCUCAGUCCAUGAGAUUACAUAUACUUUUACCAAUAGGAAUUGUGGUGUUCCUCUUUGCAGUAACUGCUACCAUCUUUCUGCUCAUACAGAGGAAUCUAAGAUAUGCUGAGCUAUGUGAAGAUUGGGAGGUUGAGUAUGGGCCGCACCGAGGUGAGCUUCUUUUAGUAUACGAUUAUAUGCCAAAUGGAAGCCUAGACAAAUACUUAUAUGGCAAAGAUGGAAAGCCUACUUUGGAUUGGUCUCAGCGGUUUCAAAUCAUCAAAUGUGUAUCAAAUGGAUUACUCUACCUUCACGAGGAGUGUGAGAAAACUAUCAUACAUCGAGACAUCAAGGCAAGCAAUGUGCUCAUCGACACCGAGAUCAGUGGGCGAAUAGGUGACUUUGGUCUUGCAAGGUUGUAUGAACAUGGUAGCGACCCAGAAACCACACAUGUUGUUGGCACCAUAGGAUACCUAGCUCCAGAGCUUGCACGCACUGGCAAGGCAACCCCAUUCACGGAUGUAUUUUCCUUCGGUGUGUUCAUUCUUGAGGUCACCUGUGGGCAAAAGCCCAUCAUGAAAGAUACGGAGGAAAGCCAUCUCAUGCUAGUUGACUGGGUGCUUGAACAUUGGCGUAAAGGUUCACUCAAUGAUGCAGUGGACAUCAAGCUUCAAGGCAAAUAUGAUGUUGGUGAAGCAUGCUUAGCACUAAAGCUAGGAUUAUUGUGCUCUCACCCAUUUACAAACAUAAGGCCAACUAUGAGGCAAGUCAUGCAGUACCUCAACAAGGAAAUGCCACUACCGGAGUUGAUGCCAACACAUUUAAGCUUCUGCAUGCUGGCUUUGAUGCAGCAGGAUGCGUCGAUGCUUGACCUCAUCUCCAGUCUCUGGUCGCAAACAGCUUCGCUUCGAGUGGCUGCUGAUGUGACACCCAUGCUUGACAAGAAACAUAAGUGUUUCAUUCCAUGCCAACUCUUCUUCCUGUUCAUUUGCCUCAACCGAGCACCCUUCACCAUUGCUAAUGACCAGUUUGUCUACUCCGGCUUCACCCAAGCUAACCUCAGCCUUGAUGGAGCUGCCACAAUCACACCAGAUGGACUCCUUGAACUAACAAAUGGCACCUUUAACCUCCAAGGCCAUGCUCUAUACCCAACUCCUCUACACUUCCGCACGUCGCCUAGUGGUUAUGUACAGUCUUUUUCUAUCAGCUUCGUCUUCAGCAUCCUGUCCGCCUACCCUGACAAGAGUGCUGAUGGCAUGGCCUUCUUCGUCACCAGAAACAAGAAUUUCUCCAGUGCGUUGCCAGCCCAGUACUUGGGGCUCCUCAACAACCAGAACAACGGUAAAGCAAGCAACCAUAUAUUUGCGGUGGAGCUUGACACCAAUCAAAAUAGUGAAUUCCAGGACAUCAAUGGCAACCAUGUUGGUAUCAACAUAAACAGUCUCCACUCUGUGCAAUCCCAUGAUGCUGGCUUCUUUGAUGACAAAACUGGUAUGUUCAAGAACUUGAGCCUCAUUAGCCGUGAGAUGAUGCAGGUGUGGGUAGAGUAUGACGGAGGAGCUACAAAGGUCGAUGUAACUUUGGCUCCCAUCAAAAUGGCCAAGCCUGCAAGACCAUUACUGUCAACCAUCUAUGAUCUCUCAACAGUUUUCACAGACACGGCAUACAUUGGCUUCUCGUCCGCAACUGGAGUCAUCAAGUCAAGAUACUACAUACUUGGCUGGAGCUUCAGCAUGGGAAAGACUGCUCCUGGGAUUGACACAACCAAGCUGCCAAGGUUACCUCAUGUUGGCCCAAAGCCUCACUCAAAGGUCUUAACGAUUGUCCUGCCAAUAGUCAUUGCAGCAUUCAUCCUUAUUGCUGGAAUUAUCAUCAUUUUAUUUGCUCGAAGGAAAUUGGCAUAUACCGAGCUACAAGAAGACUGGGAGAUCGAGUUUGGGCCACAUCGAUUCCCGUAUAAGGAUUUGUUCAUAGGCACACAAGGAUUUAAUAAUAAAAACAUACUCGGAGCAGGAGGAUUCGGAAAGGUGUAUAAAGGCAUACUUCCUACAUCUCAAUUGGAGGUUGCGGUGAAGAAAUUGUCACAUGAUUCAAAGCAGGGAACAAAGGAAUUCAUUACUGAGAUUGUUAGCAUGGGCCGCCUUCGUCACCGCAACCUCGUGCAGUUACUUGGCUAUUGCAGGGGAAAAGGUGAACUCCUUUUGGUCUAUGAUUACAUGCCAAAUGGUAGUCUUGACAAGUACCUGCACUGUGAACAAGAAAUGCCCUUACUAGAUUGGGCUAUGCGGUUUCAUAUCAUCAAAGGAGUUGCAUGUGGCCUGCUCUACCUCCAUGAGAAGUGGGAUAAAGCUAUCAUCCACAGAGACAUCAAAGCAAGCAAUGUGCUUCUCGAUAGCGAAUUAAAUGGGCGACUAGGAGAUUUUGGCCUUGCAAAAUCGUAUGAUCAUGGUACUGACCCACAUACCACACGUGUGGUCGGUACCAUGGGUUACCUUGCCCCAGAACUGUUACGCACAGGCAAGCUGUCUCCUCUUACGGAUGUUUUUGCCUUUGGCAUAUUCCUUCUCGAGGUCACCUGCGGGCAAAGGCCUGUCAAGCAGAAUGCAAAUGGCGAUCGAGUUAUGUUGGUUGACUUGGUACUUGAGAAUUGGCAGAAAGGAACAAUGGUGGAGAUAAUAGACCAGAGGCUCCAAGGCAAGUGCAAAGCAGAUGAGGCAUGGCUGGUCCUGAAGCUUGGUCUAUUGUGCUCACAACCCUUUGCUAGCACAAGGCCUAGCAUGCAUCAAGUCAUGCAAUACCUCAACGGAGACAUGCCAUUACCAGAGUUCGCACCAACCGACAUGAGCUUCAGCAUGCAAGCCUUGAUGGAAAACAGGGGAUUCAACCCUUCUAGCGUGUCAAAUCCACAGCUCAUGACAAGCAUCGCUACAUUGUCAGGCCUCUCGGGAGGGAGAUAA